UGCUACUGAUGUGCCAGGCGGUAAUUUCUGCUCGGUAAUGCAACCUUUUUUUUCGCGCGUACUGUUUAGGGACCCAUCAAUACAAAUUUCUUAGAUAAAUAUUUUUGCAAUCAUUUCUUUAUUGGCGUUAAAUCAGCAUUACCAUAAAAUGAUUGUUGGCUUGUCCUUAUUGUUGGCUUUUCUUGUUCCAUAUGUGGUGGGGUUAGAGGAGGAGUAUGAAGAUGAUGAGAUUCCUCCACCUUGCAAUCCUCUUAAGGACUCUACAUGUUUAGCUGUAGAUGUUUCCCUAGCAGGGUCAGUAUCAGAUCCUCUAACCUCGGAUACUCCUAAUUUCUUUGCGGCCACAGGGCCUGAUGGUAUAGACUUUAGUGAAGAAGGGAUGAAGUUUACUAUUGAAAAACGUUUUGAUAAUCCUUCCGCUGUAUCAGAUUUUUACAUACUCUAUGGUAAAGUACUGUUAGAUAUGAAGGCUGCUUCGGGUACUGGAAUAAUUAGUUCAUUCUAUUUACAAAGUGAUGAUUUAGAUGAAAUAGAUAUUGCUGAAGUUUUUGGAGGUGACAUUUAUGAAUACCAAACAAACUUUUUUGUUAAGGGUAAUACCACCACUUAUACUAGAGGCGGUUAUCAUCCACUUCUGGUAUCUCCUUUGGAAGAUUUCCACACAUAUGGAGUUGAAUGGACACCAGACCGAAUAGAAUGGACUUUUGAUGGAACAGUGACUAGAGUAUUAGACAAGGAAAACCCCGAAGGGUUCCCUUCAUCACCCAUGUUUAUUAAGAUUAGUCUAUGGUCAGGUGGUGAUCCUAAUAAUGAAGAAGGUACCAUAUUAUGGGCAGGAGGUAAGACAAAUUAUGAUUUAUUGCCUUUUUCAAUGUUUGUUAGAAACAUGAACGUUGUUGAUUAUUCCUCUGGAACAGAAUAUAUUUAUGGUAAUUCUGAUGAUGGAGGUUGGAUCAGUUUGACUGCGAAAAAGGGUCAAAUUUUUAAUGGACAUGAAAAGCAACAACGUCACCGAAAGAGUCAGACUCCAAAUGUUAUUAAAGUUCCGCCUGAAGAGAGUUCGAAUUCAAAUACGAUAUUGCAUGUAGGUAAGGAACACGAUCAAGCAGAAGACAUUAACGACGAAUACAAUGACAAUUCCAACAAUUAUGACAAUUCCAACAAUUAUGACAAUUAUGACUACGACUACGAAUACGAACUAGACUAUGAAGAAGAGGAAGAACUUCCCCAUAAGCCACCCACCCUUCAAACUCCAGAGAAAAGAUUCAUUCAGUUUUUCAAUGGCUCUAUUAACACUACAUCAGCCAACUUUUCCUUUCACCUUAAAUCCUCACUUUACCAACUAUUCCAUACUCUCAUAAUAGAAGGAUUAGUGUUUUGGAUUUUGUUAUGACAUACCCAGUGGUGGUGGUGGAGUGCGACUUUCGUCGUGCGCAACCCAUGCCGGCUUAAUUUACUCCGGCCCAGCGAAACCAUCGGAUGAUGAGCAUAACGUCGUUCUCCAUCACCAGAUUAUAU